AGACCAUCAUGCAGACAUCAGAGACCGGGUCGGACACAGGUUCGACAGUGACUUUACAAACAUCUGUGGCUAGUCAAGCAGCAGUGCCUACACAGGUGGUACAGCAAGUACCAGUACAGCAACAGGUACAGCAGGUACAGACUGUGCAGCAGGUACAACAUGUCUAUCCAGCUCAGGUUCAGUAUGUGGAAGGGAGUGACACUGUCUAUACCAAUGGAGCAAUCCGAACAACAACUUAUCCUUACACAGAAACACAGAUGUACAGCCAAAACACUGGAGGGAAUUACUUUGAUACUCAAGGGAGUUCUGCACAGGUGACUACUGUGGUCUCGUCCCACAGCAUGGUGGGUACUGGUGGGAUUCAGAUGGGCGUCACAGGAGGACAGCUGAUCAGCAGCUCCGGAGGAACCUAUCUCAUUGGCAAUUCAAUGGAGAAUUCUGGUCACUCAGUGACACACACAACUCGGGCCUCCCCAGCAACAAUUGAAAUGGCGAUUGAGACGCUGCAAAAGUCUGACGGUCUGUCCACUCACAGAAGCUCUCUUCUCAACAGCCAUCUCCAGUGGCUGUUGGACAAUUACGAGACAGCAGAAGGAGUGAGCCUCCCCAGAAGCACUCUAUACAACCACUACCUUCGACACUGUCAGGAACACAAACUGGACCCAGUCAAUGCUGCCUCUUUUGGAAAACUAAUAAGGUCAAUUUUUAUGGGGCUACGAACCAGGAGAUUGGGCACUAGAGGAAACUCCAAGUACCAUUACUAUGGGAUUCGUGUCAAGCCAGAUUCCCCUCUUAAUCGUCUGCAAGAAGACAUGCAGUAUAUGGCUAUGAGACAACAACCCAUGCAGCAGAAACAAAGGUACAAGCCUAUGCAGAAAGUGGAUGGGGUUGCAGAUGGUUUCACAGGAAGUGGUCAACAGACAGGCACAUCUGUUGAGCAAACUGUAAUUGCCCAAAGCCAACAUCAUCAACAGUUUUUAGAUGCAUCUCGAGCACUUCCAGAGUUUGGAGAAGUUGAAAUCUCUUCUUUGCCAGAUGGUACUACCUUUGAGGAUAUCAAGUCACUGCAGAGUCUUUAUCGAGAGCACUGUGAGGCAAUAUUGGACGUUGUGGUGAAUCUUCAGUUUAGCCUGAUAGAAAAAUUGUGGCAAACAUUCUGGCGCUAUUCUCCCUCGACUCCAGCUGAUGGCACUACCAUUACUGAAUCAAGCAAUCUGAGUGAAAUAGAAAGUCGACUUCCGAAAGCAAAGCUGAUAACUCUGUGCAAACAUGAGUCUAUCCUGAAAUGGAUGUGUAACUGUGACCAUGGGAUGUACCAGGCUCUGGUGGAGAUUCUCAUCCCCGACGUCCUUAGACCUAUUCCUAGUGCCUUGACCCAAGCCAUUCGAAAUUUUGCAAAAAGCCUUGAAGGUUGGCUUUCCAAUGCCAUGAACAAUAUUCCACAGAGAAUGAUACAAACCAAGGUUGCCGCUGUAAGUGCCUUUGCCCAGACUCUGCGAAGAUACACAUCGCUCAAUCACCUGGCCCAGGCAGCUCGUGCAGUGCUUCAGAACACUUCCCAAAUCAACCAGAUGCUCAAUGACCUCAACCGUGUCGACUUUGCCAAUGUCCAGGAGCAGGCUUCCUGGGUGUGCCAGUGUGAUGACAACAUGGUUCAGAGACUAGAAACAGACUUCAAGAUGACUCUUCAGCAGCAGAGUACCCUGGAGCAGUGGGCUGCAUGGCUUGACAACGUGAUGAUGCAAGCACUGAAACCCUAUGAAGGAAGACCCAGUUUUCCUAAAGCUGCCAGGCAAUUUCUGCUAAAAUGGUCUUUCUACAGUUCAAUGGUUAUUCGGGACUUAACCUUGCGCAGUGCUGCCAGCUUUGGCUCUUUCCACCUGAUUCGUCUACUCUAUGAUGAAUAUAUGUUCUACCUAGUGGAACACCGUGUUGCUCAGGCAACUGGAGAGACACCCAUAGCAGUCAUGGGUGAGUUUGGUGAUUUAAAUGCUGUGUCUCCUGGGAAUCUGGAUAAAGAUGAAGGCAGUGAAGUGGAAAGUGAAAUGGAUGAAGAACUGGAUGAUUCUUCAGAGCCUCAAGCCAAAAGAGAGAAAACAGAGCUGAGCCAGGCAUUUCCAGUGGGCUGUAUGCAGCCCGUUCUUGAGAGUGGCGUGCAACCAAGCCUCCUGAAUCCAAUUCACAGUGAGCACAUCGUCACAAGUACUCAGACUAUCAGGCAGUGCAGCGCUACGGGAAAUACCUACACUGCAGUCUAAAGAAUAUUAAAGCGUAUUUUUCCAGCUUACAUUAACCCUGUUGAUAUUGGGCUUAAGUUGAAAAUUUAAUAAGCCUGAAGGUCGACUGUUGUCAAAUUCUAUCUGUGCUGAACAUUACCUUUUUGGAGUUGUGAAAUGGAAUGGGUGUAUGUAUUUUGCCAGGUCUUUUUUUUUUUUAACAUAAACAAAUUAUUUGCCUCUUAAUAAGAUAUUUUCCCCUUAGUUUCAGGUGUCAAG